UAAGCGAAGAAUUUUGUGUUAUUAAAAAUGUAUACUUCAUUAGUAUCUAUUAAGUAUUAAAAAUUAUAAAUGUUUAUCAUCACUUAUUAGUAAUAAAUUAUAAACUUCUUUGCCAUUCAGCGAUCGGUAUUUGUCGUUUGUCCUAUUAAAUUAUCCAUCACUGAAGUGUUUGUAUUACUGCUUAAUAAUGUCUGACAUCCAAAUGGACUGUGCUCUAGAUCUUAUGCGGCGUCUACCGCCUCAAAAAAUCGAAAAGCACUUGAGUGAUCUCAUCGACCUAGUUCCGAGUUUGUGUGAAGAUCUAUUGUCUUCUGUCGACCAGCCACUAAAAAUCAUUCGAGACAAGCAAGUUGGCAAAGAUUUUUUACUUUGUGAUUAUAACAGAGACGGGGAUUCAUACAGGUCACCCUGGAGUAAUACAUAUUUUCCACCACUGGAUGAUGGUGCUGUUCCAACUGAAAAACUUCGCAAGCUCGAAAUAGAUGCUAAUAUGGCUUUUGAUCAAUAUAGAGAAAUGUAUUUUGAAGGUGGUGUGUCUUCUGUUUACCUGUGGGAUUUAGACCAGGGUUUUGCUGGUGUUAUAUUGAUUAAAAAAGUAGGAGAUGGAUCUAAGAAAGUACGGGGUACUUGGGAUUCUAUUCACGUAGUGGAAGUGCAAGAAAAAAAUACUGGACGUAACGCGCAUUACAAACUCACAUCUACUGUUAUGCUAUGGUUACAGACUAAUAAAGCUGUAUCAGGUAGUAUGAGCCUGGCAGGCAGUUUAACCAGGCAAACAGAAAUGGACAGCCCAGUGUCAGAUUCUUCACCACAAAUAGCUAAUAUUGGACGUAUGGUUGAAGACAUGGAGAAUAAAAUGCGUAAUACUUUAAAUGAAGUUUAUUUUGGAAAAACAUGUGACAUAAUGAAUGGCUUACGAAGUGUAGUGCCAUUGAAUGCCGACGAUGAAAAUAAAGAAGCUUUGAGACAAGAUUUAACUGCUGCCUUACAGAAGCGACAUACUAAGUCUGAUGCAAAAGAUCCCACUAAUCCAACUAGUAAUUAAUAAUAAUUGUAUUAAAAUAGAUCUUCCAAUAUUUUUAUGAACAUACUGGACUUACUUUUAUUUCAUUAGAAAAGUAUUGGGCCUAAAUUAAAUCAAAUGCGGCCUAACCAUUCAACAUUUUGUUAUUUUUGAUUCACCUUUUUAAUGUGUUAUGAAUUAUGAUGUUAUCAAAUCGUUAUUCGAUAAUUUAAAUUAUGGUUCCCUCAAUUAAUUUCUUAUUAUUUAUUUAUUUACUAUUUAUUUACUUUAAAUAAUAGAAUGUUUGGUUACUAUUUUUUUAAAAAAAUACUCUGCCUCAUUAAAUUUAAAUGGCUUAUUAUUAUGCUAGAAACUUAUAAUUUUUGUAUUAUUGAGUUGAACACAAUUCUAUGUUACUACUAAAUGUGCUAUGUUCAAGUUAUGAAUAAUAAUUAUAAAGUUUUACGAAUUAUACUGUUUCUGAAAUAUUGUUUACAUAAUAUUAUUAUCGACUUUUAAAGUUAACAUAAUCUUAUACAAAUAUUAUAAUUCUGUUGAUUGGAUUUGUGUUGUAGGUUUUCGCACUACAUACAUUAUUCAAAAUAUAUUAUUUAAGUCACACUUAAUAAAUUAUAGAACUUAAUUAAUAGGAUUAAUAAAAAUAAAAUAACAUUUGUAUGGUUUAAUAUAUAUUUAUUAAAGUUAAUUUAUUAUGAAUUCAACAUAAUAUAGGUAAUAUUUUUUUAAAUUUUAUGUGUAUAUUAUUUAUUAAUUUUUAUUUUUUUCAUUACAUUUUUAUUUAGGUAAAUAGUAGCCCUACCGCCUAUUAAUAUAUUAUAUAUUUUAAGUUACUCAUCAUCAUUAAUAUUAUACUACUAUUCAAAUUAAAUAACAUUGUAUUUAUUGGUAUGAUUAAAAAUGUUUAACAAAUGUUAA